AUGGAAAAUCAUCAUCUUCUCAGCACCCUGAUCCGGGCAUUUUCUCCAAUGGGUUGUCACCCAACACUCAUCUUUUUCGCCCAACGCAUCGUGUUUGAGCAACGAAGACGAGGCCAGAGUGCGUCAGCCGAGCAUCAUUGUCAACGAGAAGGGCUGAGAAUGAUAUCGAACAGGGAUUCUACGAGGAGAUCAAGAAUGAGAAAGAAGCAGCAAAUCGAAGGGCCUCAAUCCCAGGUUAAUAAACUUCAAACGGUUAACCGUCAGCUUUCGCAAAAGGUGAUCAAUCUGUUGGAGAACAAUCAUGAGAUCCUCCAAGAAAAUUUUCAGCUAAAGAGAGUUUCUACUCUCCACAAUGUGCUUUCUGAUGUGUUUGCACCUCUCAGGAAUUCCAAUGAUCCCUCCAUGACUCCUAAAUCAACUUCUUAG